CCGACCUUCGGCCGGGGGUCGCGUUCCCUGCGCUUCUCCGGUGGGCGAACGGGGCCGGGCGGAGCGGGGAUGGCUUCCGAGCCCGAUGCGGAGGGGGAAGCUGUCAGCGGGGCUCAGGUCAUCGCCGAGUCCCUCAAGGCUCAAGAUAUUGAAUACAUGUUUGGCAUCGUUGGUAUUCCAAUCAUGGAAGUUGCAGUUGCAGCCCAAGCAGUUGGAAUAAAAUAUGUAGGAAUGAGAAAUGAACAAGCCGCCUGUUAUGCUGCAUCUGCUGUUGGAUAUUUGACUGGCAGACCUGGGGUAUGUCUUGUAGUGUCCGGUCCAGGAUUUUUACAUGCCCUUGGUGGGAUGGCAAAUGCAACCAUAAACUGCUGGCCCUUGAUUGUUAUUGGAGGCUCUUCUGACAGAAAUCAGGAAACCAUGGGAGCUUUCCAAGAAUUCCCACAGGUUGAAGCUGGUAGGCUGUACAACAAACUGUCUGUCCGCCCAAGCAGCCUAGAAGUUAUUCCUGCUGUUAUUGAAAAGGCUGUAAGAACCAGCAUAUAUGGUCGUCCGGGUUCCUGCUAUAUUGACAUACCUGGGGAUUUUGUGAAUCUUCAGGUGAAUAAGAGCUCUGUCAAGUACGUGGAAUGCUGCCUGCCACCUCCCAUUAGCACGGCUGAAGACUCUGCUGUAUCUGAAGCAGUGUCUGUCAUUGCUCAUUCCAAGCAGCCUCUGCUAAUCAUUGGAAAAGGUGCUGCUUAUUCACAUGCUGAAAACAACAUCAGAAAGUUGGUGGACCUUUGUGGACUGCCUUUUUUGCCUACACCAAUGGCAAAAGGAGUAGUUCCUGAUAACCAUCCAAAUUGUGUAGCUGCAGCGAGAUCAACGGCAUUACAGCAUGCUGAUGUAAUCAUCUUGCUUGGUGCAAGGUUGAAUUGGAUCCUGCAUUUUGGUCUUCCACCAAGGUUUCGACAAGAUGUAAAGGUUAUUCAGAUCGAUAUUUGUGCAGAAGAGUUGGGGAAUAAUGUGAGGCCAGCUGCAAUUUUAUCAGGUGACAUAAAUGCGGUAACUAAGCAGCUCUUAGAAGAAUUCAGAAAAAGGCCAUGGAAAUAUCCUUCUAAUUCAGAGUGGUGGAAGAGGCUAAGAGAGAAAAUAAUGAACAACGAGAAAAGAUCAAAGGAAUUAGUAUUACAGAAAUCCCUGCCUAUGAACUAUUACACGGUCUUUCAUCACAUCAGAGAACUGAUACCCAAGGACUGCAUCUUAGUAAGUGAGGGAGCAAACACCAUGGACAUUGGACGAACUAUGCUUCCAAAUUACUAUCCCCGUCAAAGGCUCGAUGCAGGUACUUUUGGAACAAUGGGAGUCGGACUGGGUUUUGCUAUAGCAGCUGCAAUGGUGGCUAAAGACCAAACACCCGAAAAGCGAGUCAUCUGCAUAGAGGGAGAUAGUGCUUUUGGAUUUUCUGGGAUGGAAGUGGAGACUAUUUGCAGGUACAACUUGCCAAUCGUGAUUAUCGUGGUAAACAACAAUGGGAUUUAUGCUGGUUUGGAUGCAGAAGCCUGGAAGGAGACAUUGAAGUUUGGAGAUCCUGCUACAUGUGUGCCUCCUGUUUCUCUCCUGCCAAAUUCACACUAUGAGGAAAUUAUGUCUGCCUUUGGAGGUAAAGGAUACUUUGUUAAGACGCCAGAAGAAUUGCAGAAUGCUCUGAAAGCAAGCAUGACUGACAAGCAAACACCUUGUCUUAUAAAUGUAAUGAUUGAUCCACAGUCUGAGAGAAAGAAACAGGAAUUUCCCUGGCUGACUCGUUCUAACCUGUAGUAGAAGAUGAAGAUAAUGGCGGUGCAUUAAGCAAAACUAAAUUGGUUUCCAGAAGUGGAACUGGUACAACUCUCUUUUACCUGAGCGUUGGAAUAAAGUGGGAUUUCAGAACUGCUAUUAGAAAAAUCUUUAAACACUGAAACUAAGUAAUUGUACAGUGAACAUGACACAUGAAUGUAUACCAGGCCUUCUAGCAAAUUGUGCAGAAGCACUGAUGAUAAAAUUACAUACUUUUUUGUUUUACUCAGAGUCAUACCCAUCAAGAUUUGUGAAUUAAAAUCUUGGAUGUUCUGGAUGAAGGGAGUAAACUUGAGGGGUUUAUACUGACAGAAACACAGAUAGAAGUCUUUGUCAGUCUGCAGUUACAGUAACGUCAUUUUUAACCAACCACCAGCAUGCUCCUUGUUAGAGACUUUGUUUUAUAAGGACAAAACUGAUUUAGAUUUUGCUUGCUUUAUUGUCUAUUAUUCCAUUGACAUUAAGUUAGUUAACUAGUGGAAGGUUCUUAAAUGACCCAAGGAAGAGGAGGAGUGGGCUGGCAGGGAAUCCUGGCCUACAGUUAGGUUAGUUGCAAACACCUUGGCUUAUUAGUUCUUUGGUCUGUGUCUGGCAGGAGGCCGUGGGUCCCCGUUAGGCAGAGGAAUCUCUCUGCACACUCGUGCAGAAAGAUGGUGUCUGACACGAGCAAGAGUAGCGCAGUCUGAGUAGAGGCACCGCUGCUUGCUGUAUGUGUGGGAGUAGCCACAUGGCACUAUGAACACUUGAGUCAAGACAUAAUAUAUCCUUAGGAGGGCUAAGAAGUGCAAAAAGAUAAAAUCCAUAGCAUGGAUACAACUCACGAAUGAGUCCAAGGCUGCUGAGAAGUUGCUAUGUUCUCUGGGGUGCUCUGCAAGGAAUGUGGGACAACAUUGGAUCUUGUAACUCGUAUUGUUUCAUUCUUCUUUUUAACUCUCAAAAAUAGAUUUUAAUAUGUUACAGUGAUUAAAUACAAUCCAUUAUGAUGAUGUAAAAUAUCUGUAAGAGUUAAUGCUGGGAUUUACCACAGGGAAGACUGUUUUCAUUGGGUAAGCAAAUGCAGAAAUUCUUGGUUUAUAUUCAUAAAGUAAUAAAAAGUGCUUUUCGUACUGUUUCUCCUUCA